AUGGUGCACGUCUCCGUCGUUGUAAGUAUCGUCCUGUCUACCACGCUCAUCUUCCUGGCUUCUGCUGGCCCCGACUCAGAAGCCUGCCCUACCUGCAGGUCCGAGGGCGGGCGGGCCGCGGACGACUUGGCCCUGCUCCAGCAUCACCUCUCCGCGGAUGAGGAUUGGCCUCGGAGGGCUCGCCGGAAGAGACGUCCCAGGAUGCAGCGCCGCGGGAAGGCGUACUACUACAGCCACGACAACGGCGACAACUUGCCAGAGAACCCCACCACGACUGCGGACUUGCCGCCGGACGCGCCGGUGCCAACGACGGUCACGGUGCCGGUGACCACGUCGACCACCACGGCGGCUCCCAUGUGGAUUUUGGGUGAUCUGCACGACACCUGCAACGACCUUUGCCAGUAUAACGGCUACGGCGGCUGUGGGGCAGAUGAGAUCGCAGAGCUCGACACGCCCGCAAAAGUUGAGGAUCAGAUUUUGAACACGAGUGGCAAAACAUGCACCACCACGCAGAUCAAAAGCUACGGUGCCUUCUUCGAUCCAGUCGACGACCCAGCGACAGGCAAGUGCUUUUAUGUCAGCGGGACCGUCGACUGCGAUCGCAACGACAAGAAAUGGGAGCAGCCCCUGUGCUUCUGCAACGGGUGCGGCCAAGGGUCCCUGGUGCAGGCGGUCCCCUGGUCCUUGGUCCUGUGGUCCCUUGGUCCUUGGUCCUCUGGUCUGCUGGUCCUCUAG